AUGAUAUCUCAGACACGGAGGUGGUGUUUCUCUCCCGCUCAAAGGGCAGCUCGAUAUCACAGCAACUCAUUGACACCUGCCCCUUCUAUAGCAUCUCUUACCUCUCCAGCUCCAAGGCCCGCUCCAUAUCUCAGCAACUCAUUGACACCUGCCCCUUCGAUAGCAUCUCUCCUUGAAGCAUCCCCUUGGAGAUCGACUCUAAAGACCCCCAGUCGUUUCAGCAGUCCGCUCAACUCGGCACACUCUGCAUCUGGCCAUGUCCCACCAGCUGGGUCCACAUCAUCCCCUCUGAGUUCAGUCUUGGGAACGCCCAGUCUGAGUCCUGCGAGUACACGUCGAUCACCUCAAUCUCUGUCACCGAUUGGUGUGUCCGUCAAUGGCUUAAAGAUCAGCAGCUCACCACUGACUCCGACCCGAAGGUCCUCCUCCAGAGUUACCAAUCCCGUUCUCUACGUAUACGAUGAUGAUGCGGAUGAUGACAUGUUGGACCAUGGUCAGGAGACGGAAGUGUAUGAAGAGGACGGGGUUGGUAAAGAAUUAGAAGAAGAAGACGAGGAGGAGGAGGAGGAGGAGAUUGAGGAUGACGCUUAUUGGGAAAGGAAACGGGCCAAGGAGAUCGAGGAUGCGGCCCAGGAUGGGGACCACGAACCAUGGUCUGAUGGGGAGGAUGAAGAGGAACGAUCAGUGAUGAGUGACGAUGGAUCAUAUCGAUGGGAGCCAGAAGAAGAUGAAUCCGACCAAGGGGGGAUGGAUAUAGAUCCCGAGGAGUCUGAUGGACGGGAUGGUCAAGGGAUUAUGGAAGAUGGUGCGGGCAGAGAUGACGGUGGUGAGGACAUAGACGAUGACCUUUGGGACUUACUGGGAGGGGAUGAGGAUGGAGAGGAACGAGGGAGCAUACGUGCUAGUAGGGAAGACGAAGCCACGGGAGAACGAGAGGGUGUGGAUGUACCCGACAGAGGCUGGAGCCCUCCAGUGCUAGAAGAUGUGGGGGUGGAAUGGCUCGAGUCGUUUGUGCCAGAGUUACCUUUCAUGGGAGGAUUCAAGAAGCUGGUAGAACAUCAGGAGGAAGGGAACGACUGGCUGGACGAGUUGGAGAGGAAACCUACCGAUGUUUGA